AUGGUGGAGAAUAUACUAUCCAAGUAUAAGUCAGAGGAUAGGAUCGGGAUAGCAUAUUUCUACUUCAGUUUUCAAAGUGAGGAAGAGCAAGAUAUCAGUAGCGUUAUCCGUAUCCUUAUCAAACAGCUUUGCCGCUGUACCCAACACGUCCCAUCUUCGCUUGAAGCACUUCACAAACUAUACGGGCAGAGAGACAUCUUGCCCAAACUUUCGGAGCUGAAACAGGAAUUCCUUCAAAUAUCGCAGGCCUUCGACAAGGUCUUUAUUGUCAUUGAUGCUAUGGACGAAUGUCCCAAGGAUAAAAGGAAUCAGUUACUUCCGUAUAUCAGCCAGACUUUGAAGGAAAGUCAAACGAAAAGCGGGACAUCCGCUAUUCUCAAGGUCUUCGUUACUAGCCGUCAACAGAGAGACAUAGAGCGCCAAUUCACGUCGGAUACGUAUGCGGUACUCCCGAUCCGCGCCGGGGGUGUCCUGGAAGACAUUGCUAGAUAUGUCGACAACGAAUUGGAGCAACGUGUGAAUGAUUACUGUGAUAUCGACCAAGAUCUGCGACAGGAGAUUCGGCAAGCGCUUGUUUCUCGAUCCGAUGCGAUCUCGACCAUAUCUACGAUCAACUAUCAAGAGCAGACAUCAUCCACGCUUUGGAGUCACCAGGUCAGGCGUAGGAUCGCAAGGAAGGCAUUGAUCUGGGUGAUGAAUGCAAGAGAGCCCUUGAAUGCUUGCCAGCUAGCCGCCAUCGUCGGGAUUGACGAAUCCUCACAAAGUGCGGUCAAGUGUUCCAAAAAGUACCACCCAAGUGCAAUCAUCGAUGCCUGUUGUGGUCUGCUUGUCAUUGAGGACGGGUGCACUGUAAGGCCAAUCCAUUUCAGUGCAAUAGAGUUUCUCGAGAGCGAGGAUGGUUUCGUCGGUAGCAGUAUCGGAGGUGAGAUUGAGAUUGUGACAACAUGCGCCUAUUUCCUCCGUUGCAAGGAUUUCAGUCUACUGGAAAAGACCCAAUGGUUUUCUGAAAUGAGGGACUGGAAACUGGAUUUAUCCUAUAUACUUCGUGAAUGGCACUACCACCUCCGUCUCAUUAAUACACCCCUACCCGAAACCGUGAAGUCUCUUAUACGGGCGUUGUUGGAAUCCGAUAUUGACUGGUGGACCCGUUAUACUCCAUGGAUGACUUUAGUUGCUGAUUCAGAGCCCGGACAGGCGCCUUUUGUAAUUUGCGCGGGGCCCGGUCUCUUGGAUUUCUACAGGCAAAUAUAUCAUGAUCAAGAGGAUGAUCUUCUGCCCGUUAUCAACGGCGAAGUGUUGGCGAAAGCUUUGGAAGUCUACACGUACCUUGGCCAUGGGGAGGGCAAAGCUACAAUGUUGAAGGAGAUGGCGGUUGCGCUCGGCAACACAGAUCAGGAGGAAAGAUUUUGGCAUCUGCUGUUGCCAUUUACAGUUAAGCAAAAGAUGUACAGCUCAUUGCAGCAACUACUGGACCAAGCAAAAGAUAAGCCCUGGAAAGGUCAGACGAUUAGUGAAUUCUGGCAGGCAAUGGCUAGUUUCGGAGACGAAAGGGUGCUCGAAAUAUUAAUAAAAAACAAUAUCGACAUUCAGUACAGCAAUGACUACUCUGCCUCUCUUCUCCAGCACGUGGCUGCCGUAGCUUCCGGGGAAUUGGAGCUUCUUUUCAUGUUUUUGUCGGAGGAGAUUGAUGUUAAUUCCGAGGGCGGGAAAUAUGGAACGGCUCUCCAAACGGCUCUUGCUGGUUAUCUCCAGCGGAAGAAAUACAAUGAUGACGUCAAGGAAGAGACUUUACCUAUUAUCCAUCAUCUGAUCCUUAAGGGCGUACAUAUUGACGCCAGGGAGCGAUUGCGAAACCCCAUUCAAGAUCGAGAAGACGAUACCGUGCUCUCCAACGCAGCACGCUUUGGGGAUACCCGGUUUGUAUCGGUUCUUCUUGAGAAGAAUGCAGACCCAAACAUCACCAGUGGUGAGCUCGGAGCUCCCCUCAUCGCUGCAGCAUCUCGAGGAGAGUGUGAGAUGGUGGGUUGUCUGCUGGAAUACAACGCCGAUAUCCACGCUAGAGGCAUGAUUUUUGGCUUUCCUCUUGAGGCAGCAGAAACCCCAUACAAAUGGUUCCAAGCAUUAAUGGUGGAGACCGGAUGCUGUGCCAGCAAGGAUGAGCAAGCAGUUGCCUUCCACAAAUACCUUUGCUCGGAUCCUGCUCGCGCGGAGGUUUUCAGCAUGUUUGACUUGGACUAUGUGUCGGAAGCGAAGCUGGUUGCGAGCAAGGUUUUGCGUAAUCACGAGACGCUUGUUUCGAUGCUGAAAAACAGGAGCGACUUCGUAAAGGAGCUCGGUCUUCCAUCGGAUACUUGUGAACCUGCCGAUGGUACACGUGAUGAGGGGAGAUGCUAUUAG